AUGAACUACACUAUUAUAUGCUUGAAAAAUGAUAGCUUAUAUCUCUCUUAUUAUAUUUUAAUAUCUGGAAUAUUUAAUAAUUCUCUUUACAAAAGUAGUGAGACAGAACUCAAAUUCAUGACAAAUAUGGAUGAAUAUCUAACAGUAGAAAAUGGCAUUCAUUAUGACUCUAGCAAGCUGAAUUCUUGGAUCAUAUAUAAGGAUAUGAAUGCUUUAUAUUCAGUACCAGAUGCAGAAAUAGGCUAUACACUUGAAGUUGAUUUAGAAAUUCCAGUACACUUGCACGAUUACUUUGCAGAUUAUCCAUUAGUUCUAGAAAAGCAGAUAGUUUUAGAAGAUUGGCUUAGUUUAUAUAAUGAAAGAUUAGUGCAAAAUAAAAAUGUUGAAGGAGGUAAAUACUUGUCUGAAGAGAAGCUAGUCCAGACCCUCUUUACUAAGAAGAAUUAUGUAGUUUACUAUCAAGCUCUUCAGACAUAUAUAAAGUUUGGAAUAAAGGUUACAAAGAUUCAUGAUACUCUUAAAUUUCAAUAG